AUGGAGCUCAGUCAGUUACAAUAUGUUCAAGAAAAUAAUGCUGCCGCCGCCGCCACCACCAGAGUCCGUUGUGCCGGCACAACGGCCGUUGCUGUCAUGAGGCAGCCGUUUCAAAUCAUCACCACCACCCUCCUCAGUCUCCUCCUCCCCUUGUCGUUCCUCCUCCUCGCCCGCCUUGCCACCGCCCACUACCUCCUCUCCGUCUCUGAGGACCAACUCCCGACACCCUCGGUUUCUUUUAUAGCCGCAUAUCUCUUAUAUUCCAAAACCCCGACGAUACUCCACUUUACAGUUUCGAUCAUCAGUGUCUCGACCCUCUCCUACGCACUAACCGGAAAAACCACAUUUCCCGGGUGGUCGCCGGCCGAGCCCCUGACGCGGCCGCGGCUGUACGUGUCAUGGCUGUUUCUCGCGGUUCUGCAGCUCUGCGUGGGAGUCGGGAUCGAAGGCACCGUAGCAGUAGGCGUCGAGGGCUCGAGCUUCGGGGAGGAGGGAAGCUUCAUAUGCAGAUCGGUGUUCUUCUUUGGGCUGCACGAGAUCAUGCUGUUUUGGCGGCGGGCUGUGGUGAAGCCGGUGGUGGACGACACGGUAUUCGGGGGCGGGUGGAGGGCGGAGGGGCGGCUGGAGAAGGCGGUGGUGGGGCUGAGCUACGGAGGGCUGUGGUGGUGGCGGCUGAGGGAGGAGGUGGAGGCGCUGGUGGUGGUGGCGGAGGUGAAGAGGGAGAUGAUGAUGGGGAUUGGGGUGGUUGAUUUUUUUGGGUGGUGGCUGUAUUACGUGGCUGUAACGGUUGGGAUGGUUAGGGUGGUCAAAGGCUUGAUUUCGACGGUUGCGAUCUUGACACGUAGGAGAGAGAGUCGGCCGAAUGAUGAGAAGGUUUGA